GCUUAGAAUAUUGGGCUGAGUAGUGUCAUAAAAUAGUGUCCAAGUACCUGAAGAAAGAGAAGAAGAAAGAGAAAAAUGAUGAAUCUGGGGCAUAAGAAAAUGUUGCUGCACACAAGGACAAGAGUGUUCUCCAGAUAUUAUUAUGGUACUUCAGCAGGUAAUUAUGGUAAUAGGAUAUCUCAACUUGAGCAACUUGUGAGGGAUGAGUGUAAGUCAGGAAAGAUUCAGAAACUUGAAGAUGGAUUGAGAUGCUUUGAUCAGUUGAUCUUAGAGAGACCAUUACCAUCUAAUUCUACAUUUAAUCAUGUAUUGGGAUCAUUAUCCAAGAUUAGAUGUUACACAGAUGUGAUCAAGUUAUAUAAGAAGAUGAGUUUGGUUGGGGUACAACCAACUGCUGUUACAUUGAAUAUUUUGAUAAAUUGUUGGUGUCAAUCAGGACAGGUGAAUCAUGGGUUUUGUUUGCUUGGAGAGAUACUAAAGAGAGGUUAUCGUCCUACUGUUAUCACUUUCACUGCACUCAUUAAAGGGUUGUGUCUUAAAGAAAAGAUCGAUUCUGCCUUCAAAGUGUUUGGCAGAAUGACUCAAACGGGUAUUCAACCUGAUGCAUAUACAUAUAAUACUCUUAUAUAUGGGCUCUGUAGAUCUGGUGAGGUGGCUCGCGCUCUUCAGCUAAAAAACAACAUGGUGAAAUGGAACUGCAGAGCUAAUGUUGUUUCUUACUCUAUGAAUAUAGAUACUCUUUGUAAAGGAGGUUUAGUUGAUCAAGCUGUGGUUCUCUUCUCCGAAAUGCUUAGAGAUUCAAAUGUUGUACCCAAUUUAGUCGUUUACAACUCUUUGAUAAAUGGACUGUGCAAUUCAGGUCGGUUGGAUGAGGCAAAGAGAGUCCUUGACGAGAUGGUUAGCAGAGGAAUCUCUGCGGAUGUAAUUACAUAUAAUUGUAUAAUUGAUGGUCAUUGCGGGCAUGGUCAAUGGGAAGAAGCAAGAAGAUAUUUUGAUGAGAUGCUGGAUCGAGGGGUUUCACCCAAUAUAGUAACCUUUAGUAUAUUAAUAGAUUCACUUUGUAAGGAUGGGAUGGCGAAAGAUGCUUGGGGAUUAUUGCUUAAUGUAGCGAAAAGGGAUUACUUGUGUAAUCUGAAAAAUGGUAUGCUUCUGUCAUUUCCCUUAGAUUCUGGUGGACUUAUUUUUGUUCCAAUUUUGGUUCACUUUCAGGAUCUUCACUCUGCCACUGUUGCUAACUGGAUUUUAUAUGCAAUUCAAUAUCAUUUUGAGGCAUAUGCAUGGUUCCAUGUGCUGCAGGAAUUAGAGAUGUACGUAAUUUCCCCUGCUGCAGUCUCUUUACUUUGGAUUUUCAUUACCUUAGAACUUGACACUACUCAUGCUGAAAGAAUUGUAUCUGCUUUUGUUGCAUCACGGACCCGUUCUUGGUGUCUGCUGGCAUGGCCUGCUACUCAUGAGUUAUUCGGAAUUUACUGGGAAUACCAUGUUUUACCCUGUCUUUCCUGUGGAGUUCGAUAUGAUUUUGUACUUCUGAGGCAUGUAAUGAUGCAGAAGAUGAGUUUGGUUGGAGUACAACCCAAUAUUUAUACAUUCAACAUUUUGAUCAAUUGCUGCUGUCAGUUACGCCAAAUGAAUCAUGGGUUUUGUGUGGUUGGAGAGACUAUCAAGAGAGGUUAUCAUCCUAAUACAAUCACUUUCACUACACUGAUUAAAGGGUUGUGUCUUCAAGAGAAGAUUGAUUCUGCAUACAAGAUGUUCGAGAGAAUGACUCAAAUGGGUAUUCAACCUAAUGCAGUUACAUGUAAUACUCUUAUAUCCGGGUUUUGUAAAACUGGGAAAGUGGAUCGUGCUAUUCAGCUGAAAAAAAAGAUGUCGCAAUGGAAAUGCAAACCUGAUGCUGUUUCGUAUUGUGUGAUUAUAGAUACUCUUUGUAAAGGAGGUAAAGUUGAUGAAGCUUUGGUUUUCUUCUCCGAAAUGCUUAGAGAUUCAAAUGCUGUACCCGAUGUAGCCGUUCACAAUUCUUUGAUCAAUGGACUUUGCAAGUCAGACCGGUUGGAUGAGGCAAAAAGAGUCUUUGACGAGAUGGUUAAUAGAGGAAUCUCUGCUGAUGUAAAGACAUAUAGUUGUAUGAUUGAUGGUCAUUGCAGGCGUGGUCAAUGGGAAGAAGCGAGAAGACACUUUCAUGAAAUGAUGGAUCGAGGGAUAUCACCCAAUACAGGAACUUUUAAUAUAUUUAUAGAUUUAAUUUGUAAAGAUGGGAUGACAGAAGAUGCUUGGGAGUUGUUUGAACUGAUGCACAAGGUAAAUGUAAAACCUAAUCAGAUUACUUAUAACUCAAUGAUCCACGGUUUGUGUAAGGCAGGUCGGUUGGAUGAUGUAGUGAAACUGUUUGACUCAAUGGUAGAUAAAGGCGUUCGACCGGAUGUUAUCAGUUACAAUAUAUUGAUUGAUGGGUAUUGCAAGAAUCGUAAGUUAGAUGAAGCUACGAUGCUAUUCAAGAAAAUGAAAGAAAAUAAUUUAAAACCUACCAAAGUUACUUACAGUACACUAUUAGCGGGACUAAACCGAGAGGGAAGAAUGAAGACUGCAAAAAAUUUGUCCAAUGAGAUGCGAAUUUGUGGUUUAUCUUCAAAGCCAUCAUGUUAAUGGCAUUUCCUCUUCAAUGGGACUUCCUGAACUAUUUCUUCCAACUAAUCAAUCCUGUUACUAUCAAGUGGAAUUUGAAAAAUACAGCGACAAUCUUGUUUCUGAAUGCCCAUUCUUUGAUAAUUAACUAGUUAGCUGUCAAUCUGAUUUCUUUUUGUAA